UUUCUUUAGCUGGAGAAAAGGAAGCACAGCAAAGUUUGUUAAAUAAAGAUGGCGGCGUUGGUUGCUCCUCGCCUUGCCACUUUUGGCAUCUUUUCAAUAAGACCCAUUUCCUCUUUAGCUGCUCAGAAGAAGGUUGUGCUUAAAAACACUAAAGAUGUCACAAGCUUGUCUCCGAUCAGAGAGAAAAGCACUGCUCUGGCAUCCAAACCCACCAGCAGCAAAGGGGAAUACAUCAUCACCAAGCUUGACGACCUGGUGAACUGGGCACGCAGAAGCUCCAUGUGGCCCAUGACCUUUGGUUUGGCUUGUUGUGCUGUGGAAAUGAUGCACAUGGCUGCACCUCGCUACGACAUGGAUCGGUUUGGAGUUGUGUUCCGAGCCAGCCCUCGACAAGCCGAUGUCAUGAUCGUGGCUGGAACACUCACGAACAAGAUGGCCCCUGCCUUACGCAAGGUGUAUGACCAGAUGCCCGAGCCCAGAUAUGUCAUUUCCAUGGGAAGUUGUGCUAAUGGAGGAGGAUAUUACCAUUAUUCCUACUCUGUGGUCAGAGGCUGUGACCGAAUCGUCCCUGUGGACAUUUAUGUUCCAGGCUGCCCACCAACCGCUGAAGCUCUGCUUUACGGAACCCUACAGUUACAGAAAAAAAUUAAGCGGGAAAAGAAAAUGAGAAUAUGGUAUCGUAAAUGAGAUGUGCGUAACCCUUGGUAUUGCCGGUGAUCUGUGUCUGGCUGUUGUAAAUGUUUUAUUUAAUGAUGGUCAUUUGUUGGAUUUGAAAAACUGUUUUCAGGAGCGGCUGUGGGUUCAGCUCCAUCUCCUCUUUGCAUUUACAAUAAAGGACUAUCAAUUGUA